ACUUCAAGGUGGUAAAUGUGAGGUUAGAAUCCGGGAAAAUUGAUAACACCCAGAAUUUUCCAAACUGGAGAAUAAUUGAUUUCUUUUGGAGAUUCCUGUGAUUUUGUCUCUCUGUGAAUUCCUGCAGGAUCUAUAAAUCAUGGCAUUUGCAUUCCUGCAGAAUAAGAAAGUGGUUGCCCUGAGCGCCGUGGGUACAAUUGCCGGUCUCACGAUGAUGCUCAAGGAUUACAUGCAAGGCGGUAGAUUUAAGAAUCCUGUCAUGGCUGAGGGGAAAGUCGUCAUUAUAACUGGUGCAAACACAGGAAUUGGCAAGGAAACAGCAAAAGAACUGGCCAGGAGAAAAGCCCACGUGUACAUGGUAUGCAGGGAUAUGGAGAAGUGUGAACAAGCACGCACGGAGAUUGUCUUGGAUUCCAAGAACAAGUACGUUUACUGCCGGGAAUGUGAUUUGUCCUCCUUUGAUUCAAUCAGGAAGUUUGUGGAUACGUUCAAGCAUGAGAGAGACAGACUGGACAUCCUCAUUAACAAUGCCGGUGUUAUGCGAUGCCCACGGACACUGACAAAGGAUGGGAUAGAAAUGCAACUAGGGGUGAAUCACAUGGGGCACUUCCUGCUGACUAAUCUCCUCCUGGACACUCUGAAGGCCUCCGCCCCAAGUAGAAUUGUAGUUGUAUCGAGUUUAGCGCAUACUCGGGGAGAGAUUAACAUCACAGACCUCAACAGUGAGAAGAAUUACGAGCCUGGCAGGGCGUACAAUCAGAGUAAGCUGGCAAAUGUCCUUUUCACGAAAGAACUGGCCAAGAAGCUUCAAGGAACAGGAGUCACUGUCAAUGCUCUGCAUCCUGGAGUUGUAGACACAGAGCUAACACGGCAUAUGGGUCUCUUUAACAGCUUCUUUUCCGGAUUAAUUGUUAAACCCAUCCUCUGGCCCUUCUUUAAAUCUCCCGUCGCUGGAGCCCAGACAACACUCUAUUGCGCCUUGGAACCGGAACUUGAAGGGGUUUCAGGGCAAUAUUUCAGUGAUUGCGCCCCGAAAGAAGUUGCCGAUGCUGCUAAGAAUGAAAAUGUAGCCAAAUGGCUGUGGGCAGUUAGUGAGAAGUGGACAGGAUUGGAUCAGAAACCGCCCAAUGUAUAGCUAAAGAGUAAAAUGAAUUGAGAUUUUACAUCGAUUUUGAGACUCUGGACAUAAAGAUCAUUGAUGAGAAAGGCCAGGAUAUUUUUGAGAAGGCAUACAAAGAAAUGGGAUUAGUUGAAGAUCCCGGGCAGGAAGUGCAAGAAGACAAGAAACAUCAUUAGCGCGCAAAUAAAGUUUUUUUUUAUUAUUUAAAAA